GAUUCGAUACGUAUUAUUUGAAACCACUAUAUGAUGAUGGUUCUAUGACCCUGUUCCGUCGGUCCGCGUUCCUGCAAAAUGAUACGCCUUGCAUACCGGGAGAUAUCGUGAAUAAGGUAAUGGGAAGCUGUAAAGGACUUCCAUUGGCCCUUGAAGUGGUCGGUAAGUCGCUUUGAGGGCAGCCUGUCGCAAUGUGGCGAAAACAAGCAAAACAGCUUUUUAAAGGACUAUCCAUCUUGCAUUCUAAUGCUGAUCUACUUGCUUAUCUUGAAAGCAGUUUGGAUACCCUGGAUACUCAGUCAGGAAUAAAGGAUUGUUACCAAGACUUUGGUUCAUUCCCCGAAGAUCACCAGAUUCCUGCCGCUGUGCUUAUCGAUAUGUGGGCGGAACUAUACGAACUUGAUGAAGAUGAUGCCAUUAUCAACCUCAACAAGCUCUCCGAUCGAAAUCUGAUUAAUCUUGUACUCGUUUGGAAGGAUGAUCAAAGUGAAGUCGAUGACUGCUACAACGAUCUAAAGAAGCUAUACAUGAGAGGGUGCUAGGGGUUGUAACCUACCUCCAACGAUCACAAAGCUUCAACAUCUGAAGGAAGUUAUAUGUGAUGAGGAGACAGCCUAUUAAUGGGAGUCUUUCGAGUCGAAUCUCGAUUUAAGGGUAACAGUUCCUAAAGAAGAUAUCAACUUAAAUUGGCUUCUGACAUUUAUGUAAAGCUUU